AUGGGUAUGGUUGGAAAACCAUUAUAUGCACAAGAUGAGACUAUGCUACACUCAGGGAAGUAUGGUUUGUUCCCAUUUGUGAAGCAUGAAAGGGCAAGAAAGAAAAGCAAGAACAGAGAGGCAGGGACAAUUGAAACAAAAGACAUUCAAAGUGUGAACAAGGAUGCAAUUAGGGAAAUGAUUUUGGACAAAAUCAUUCCAACAAUACAUGCAGAAUGGCCACCAGAAUUGUCAAAAAACAUAAUCAUACAAUGGGACAAUGCUAGGCCUCACCAAGUUCCAAAAGAUGAAGAGUUUUUGGCUGCCACUCAAGCUAAUGGGUUCAACAUUCAGUUUGUAUUCCAACCUGCCCAAUCCCCUGACCUAAAUGUACUGGAUCUUGGGUUAUUCAAGGCUAUACAAUCAAAUCAGUACCAAUCAUUUCCAACUAACUUGGAUGAGCUAAUUGAGAAGGUGGAUGAGGCAUUUGAGAUGUUUGAUCCAACACUAAAUAGAUACACUUGGAUCACACUUCAGUCUUGUAUGAUUAAAGUGUUGGAAAAGCAAGGUGGAAACAACUUUAAUCCACCACACAUGGGAAAGGCUAGGCUAGACAGGCAGGGGGCUUUGGAGGAUAUUUUGAAGGUAGACAAGAAACUGGUAGCUAACACAGUGGAGUAUCUCAACACACUUUUUGUCCCAACAACAGGCCCUCAACCACAUCAUGAAGAGAUGGAAGUAGAUGCAGAUUGA